AUGGCAGCCAACAGAGCGUCUAAAUCAGCUACAAAUGUUAAAAAAGAUGUGACAUAUUUCUCGGAUGAUCAAGAAUUUGAGACCGACCUCGAGGACGAAAUUGAGGUUAAUAACUCGCGGAAAAGCAAACCCAACAAGCCAACCGUGGAGCGAUAUUUUGAUGCCUGCGAAGCCCUGAACACUGUUCCUGUGGCCAAAUUUGUUCGUCAAUUUACAAAAGGCCAUGUAGAUCUCAAACACUACGGAAUUCGAGAUAUCGGCGCCCAGGCAAUUGCUAUGGCGCUAGAAAAAGACAUAGUGGUGACAAGUCUAUAUCUCCAUGACAACGGGAUUGGGGAAACGGGAACUAUUGCUUUGUCCAGAAUGCUCAGAGACAACUGUUUCGUACUGAACUUUGACAUUUCGGAGAACAAAAUUGGGAGGCUGGGCACUAGAGCAGUUGGGGACAUGUUGUUGGAAAACGCUUCUCUUCAGGAAGUAAACUUAAGCGGUUGUGGAAUUCUUGGUAAGGAUAUAAAGCAGUUUUUGAAAGCCUUAUCUUGCAAUCCCUACUUGAAGAGCUUGGAUUUCAGUUAUAACGAUCUAGGAGACGAAGGCGCCAUUCACUUGGGCCGUGCGCUCUCCAAAAAUCAAAAGAUAGAAUUUCUCGACCUUAGCUGGAACAACAUUCGCGUAUCUGGCAUCGAGGAGCUUGCCAAGGGACUCGCGACGAACAAAAAACUAAGACAGCUGGAACUUUCCUGGAACUGUUUCUUGGACGAAGGAGCGAAUCGUCUUGGCUCGGCUCUGCUGCAAAAUCAUUGUCUUAAAGUAUUGGAGGUGCAAAGUUGCGGAAUUCAUACCGCUGGGGUCUUCAAGAUCGCUGACGCCCUAAAGAAGAAUCAAAGCCUUGAGGUGUUAAGUAUAGGUAAAAAUCCCUUUCAAAGCUCCGGCGCAGGUUCACUUCUCCGCGGUAUAAGAUGCAACCAGACGGGCGCUUUGCGAGAGCUCCUUCUAGACGAUGUGGUGUUUGACAAGGAAUGCGAAAGGGAGCUGGACGCUCUGCUCCAGGAAAGACCAAACUUCAACUGCUCUUGGGAUGUGAGUAUCAGAGGAGGACACGCUAUCAACGGUAAGAAAAAAAAGCCAGAUGCCGUGGAAAUUUUUCUCACCUUUGUUCGAACGCGAGGCCUUCGUCUGAUAGACUUGUUCAGAAUGUUGGCAAAGGAUGGAAACUCAACGACCGUCACCAAAAAUGAAUUUAUUACCGGAAUGAAGAAACUCAACGCACCCCUCAAAGAUCAUCAGCUUAGGGCGCUGUUUGACGUCUUGGACGUGAAUCAUGACGACCGCGUGGAGUUUUACGAGUUCCUCAGUUCCAGGAGUCACUAUUUAAAGGCAGUGCGAAAAUGA